AUGCUGCUCCUGUGGAUUAACAUCAGGCAGAGUUUGGAGGCUGGCAUUUCUCUGCUUGUGGACGUCUUCACCACUGGCAAAAGAGAUGGCUGGACCAGGACGAUGGCCUUCCUGUCUGUGUGUGCUUUCUUCGGCCUCCUGCUCAGCUCCCUCCUCUUCCUCUACCUCUACUUGACUCUGAACUACCAACCAGCUGUGGCGGUGGCGUUUUCUGGAUGUUUUGGGAUUUUAGUGACGGUCGCCCUUUCCCUGUCGAAGAGAAUAAGGUGCUUCGGGGCUCUGUUUGUAAUAUCCAUUUUCAUGAAGAAGAGUCGGAACCUGCUGCUGACCGCCGGGACCAGCGUGGUCGUUCUGCGGAACAUCCGGAACACUCUGGAGAACCUCAGCCGCCUGGUCAGGAGCAUGAUUUGUAACCUGAAGGCGAAGAAAGCGUCCGUUCUGGCUCCGUUCAGCAACUACAUCGAGAUGCUGAAGUGGAUAGGGAACAUGCUCAAAGGGGUGACGGAUUUAGGAGUGCUGAGACUCGACUCGCAGCUCAAGGUCUCCCCCAGAUUAGAAUCGGAGCAGUUCCAGUUGACAAUCGGUGAAGCCGAGCGGAGGCUGAACGAGACGGUGAAAUACGCCCAGUUCCUGGUGGAGACGGUCUCCACCGUGACCGACUGGACGUUUCCCGUUAUCAGCUUCCUGGUGCUCGCCGUGUUUAUAGCCCUGCACAUGAGAAAAUACCUCAGCGACAUGAAAUACCAGAACAGGUUCAUCAGCAGGAAAUUCGUCCUUUUUGACGAGAAGCAGAAGGCGCAGGGAAAGCCUCACGUCCUCCCCCUCACGCCUAAGGAAGAGAAGCUGUACACCUCCAUCACCUCCCCGCGGCCCAGCACCAAAGAAGGGAAAGCUCUGGCAAAAUUCGGAAUCCCGGUGGUCUCCCACUUUUUCGCCUGGGUCAUAUUCAUUACUGUGGACGCGCUUUUGUACUGUUUAAUCGAUAUAAUUACAAAGAGAUUAUCGGAACUGAAGCCAUUCCAUGUCCCACUAAUAAUAAGUUUCAAAGGGAUUGCGACCUUAAUUGGUAUUCCGUUCGUGGAGGAAAACCACCAGACGGACUUUUCUUACUCCGUGACUUUGUUUGAGAAGCGGUGCCUGCCUGAGCCGCGGCUGCUGCUGUACGACUCCGUGUUCCCGCUGAGCGCCAUCCUGCUCACGCUGCUCCUCAUGACGCUCAUGGCGGCCAAACUCUCCCAGCUCAGGCUGCUGGUGUGUGAGCAGUUCUUCAGCGCGGCGGCCAGUGCCAGGGUGGAGUACCUGCACCGCAAAAUCCUGAGGAAGAGAUCCAAAACUGCUGUUGAGAAAAAAGGCCGCAGUCUGACAUCACUCGUCAUCAAGCCUCAGUUCUGGUUUCCGUUGUUCUGCCGGCCCAACAGUGAUCCGCAAAGUGUUGUGUGA